GUUUAACACGCUGUCAGUGGGUCCCUGCAUUUUCCCUUCCAAUUCUCUCCCGCGAAUACCGCAUUAAGCCCCUAAAACGAUGUCGUGUCGUUCAAUCAUCUUCCCCAUAAUAAUUUCAACAAUUUCAACGCCUUCUAUGUCUCCUCUCUGUCUCUCUCUAUAGGAGACCAAAUUCCCCCGAUUCUUUCUCCCCCCAAAUCUAGCUCCCCUUUAAAGAAAAUAAAAGAUAGAUAAAUAAAUAACAGUAAAUAUAAGUGUAAAGCGAUGGAUCGGAGGAGGACAGCGAGUCCGGUUUACGGGCGACAGUGGAGCGGAGGAUCGAGCAGCUCGGGCUCGUCGUCUCCAGCGCAUCCUCAGUCGCGAUUGCAGGCGGGUUCAGCCGGUGGUAUGUCAACCAUCAAGCGCACACAAAACGUCGCCGCGAAAGCCGCGGCUCAACGACUCGCUCAAGUCAUGGCUUCACAGACCCCCGACGACGAUGAGGAAGACGACGAUCUAGGGUUCCGGUUCGGCGGUCCUCCUGUACCUACUAGCUUCUCCAAUAACGGUCUAAAUCACAGUACUUUGCCGGCGUUCUCAGUCACUCGGCCUAAUAGAUCUCCCUCCCCUGCGUUAGGUCGGAAUUUUGUAGAACAUGCGCCUUCGGUGCGCUCCACGUCAGCAGGGAGGCCGGCAAGGUCGAUGCGGUCAACGACGCCAACUUUGCUGCCUCCGAGUAGGACUUCAGUUCGCACGCCAGUUACUAUACCUCCGAUUGAUCCUCCUCAUAGGAGCAGAGAUAAAAGGUUUACAGCUGAUGUGGGACAACUCAAAGCAAAAGACACUGGAGAUCAGCGUGAAUCUUCUGCACUUCGUGAUGAACUUGAUAUGCUACAAGAAGAGAAUGAGAAUCUACUUGACAAGGUUCAUUCUGCUGAAGAAAGACGUGAGGAAGCUGAAGCAAGAGCUAGGGAGCUUGAGAAACAGGUUGCUUCCUUAGGAGAAGGUGUAUCUCUGGAAGCCAAAUUAUUAAGUAGGAAGGAAGCAGCUUUGCGUCAAAGAGAGGCUGCUCUUAAGGCUGCAAAACAGACAAAGGAUGGUAGGGAGGAGGAAAUUGCUGCCCUUCAUUCAGAACUUGAGAACUUGAAGGAUGGGGCUGCUACAGCCAUGGAACAGCUCCAUGAAGCAGAAUCUGAAACAAAAGCUCUUCGUACAAUGACACAGAGAAUGAUUUUGACUCAGGAAGAGAUGGAGGAAGUUGUCCUAAAGAGAUGUUGGCUUGCACGUUACUGGGGAUUGGCUGUACAGCAUGGCAUAUGUGCAGAUAUAGCAGUGUCAAAGCAUGAAUAUUGGUCGGCGUUGGCUCCUCUUCCAUUUGAAGUUGUUGUUUCUGCUGGACAAAAGGCAAAAGAGGAUUGGGAUAGAGGUGCUGGAGAUCCAGACCGGAGUAAACUUGUCCGGGAUAUGAAUGAUCUGACAGGAGAAGGAAAUAUUGAGAGUAUGCUUUCAGUUGAAAUGGGCCUACGGGAAUUAGCAUCUUUGAAGGUUGAAGAUGCUGUUCUACAUGCAUUAGGCAGGCAUAGACGACUGGGUUUGCUUCAUCAAUCCAUCUCAGAUUCGAAGUCACCAGGUGAUCCCAAGUUGAUUGAUGCAUUUGAACUAAGUGAAGAGGAGGGAGAAGAUGUUCUUUUCAAAGAGGCUUGGUUAACAUAUUUUUGGAGAAGAGCCAAAGUACAUGGCGUGGAAGAGGAUAUUGCAGAAGAGUGGCUUCAGUUUUGGAUCAGCCGUAGUGGGCAGACCCCUACUUCACAUGACGCUGUGGAUGUUGAUCGAGGUUUAUUUGAGCUACGGAAGCUGGGGAUUGAACAACAGCUUUGGGAAGCAUCUCGUAAAGAAAUUGACCAGCCAUCUGCAGCAUCCUUGUCAAAUCACAAGGAUUUGGACAACAUUUUGUGAUUUGUUUCUUCCUUUCUCUUUUUCACUGUCUUGAUAGGUUUGCAUCAAAUAUUAAGUUUGCAUAUUUAUUGUUCAAUUUUUUUUCAUAUUAAUUUUUACUAUAGCUUGCUUAAAUUUCACAUUUUUGCUUUCUUGUCUUUGUUGUAAAUUUGACGAUACGAUUCCUUGUAUAACAGAUCUUGAUACAUGUUUGAGCUUCAAAUGAAGAUCCUAAGAUUCAGCUGCGUGAAUUUCUAAUAAAACGCCUCAGUUUUUUUUUUUUUUUUUUGGAAUUUUUUUAUUUAAGAUUAUAAGAAGCUAAGCUUUGAUUAGUAAAAUUAAGAGUUCAGUAUUUUAUUAAAAGGGCAAAGGAGCAUACAUUAUUUAAGGGUUCAACAGAAAGAAAAGCCAGCUCGCUUUUCUCCACUCUGCAACUUAAAUUAAUACCCAAAAAAAAAGGUGAGAGAGAUCAUGGAAAGAAGAAAGUGGAGUUUUGCUUUUAUUGUAAGAGUUCAAAAGUUGUAAUUUAUCAUAUUGAGACACAUUUUCCAAAUCUGAUGCUCCCACCCACUUCCCCCUUAACCAAUCUUAAUUUCAUUUAAUUUUUUAACAAAGUCUACACCAUAACAUUAUACCUUUUUAAAUGU